AUGACGAAGCCACCCCAUGAACUGAUCGAGCGCUUCCAAAAGGAGGGAAAGGAUACAAGCAAUAACGUCACCGUCGCUUCCAAAAUCCUCAAAAAAUACAAGACGGAUCCACAGCGCUUGGAAAAGAAGAAGAAGAAGAAGCGCAAUCAAGAGCGCCAUCAAGAGCGCUUAGCAAAGAAGAAGCGGCGCGAUGAGGACGCCUGUAAGAGACGAUUCGAACUGGCAAGUAGCCCGAAGUCAAUACCCCGCAAGCAAAGAUAUCGGAAGACACGACAACUUGCGGCACAAGAAGCCGCGAAGAACACGCAAGUUGAUAUAAACAAGUGCAAGAUGGAGGCAAACUGGGGAAGGAGACUGGUAUCCAUUAUGGAGAAGGAAGGUGCUGGAGCAAUCUUUGCCAUUUUCCUGGUGAAGACGAGCAGCUGGUGGUGCAAGAAGUCCUCCGAGAGCGACCGCAAUGCCAUUUUCAAGGCACCUUCAUGGAACAUAUCGCCAGACGACCACUUCCGCGCUUCCAAACUCUUUAUCGAAGAACAACUGCGACGCGGCUGGAGCUAUGAGAGACUCUGCGAGUGCAAGGGAGCACUGAUUGAAGAAAUUAGAAAGCAUGUGGAUUGGCCAGAGCUCCGAAAUGGCCGUAUCCAACGGAAGCCUGAAGCACUUGACGGCUGGGAGAAAAGCGAUAAUGAGUUGGAUAAGUUGUUGGGGGAGCUAUUUGAUUGCGCUUCCUGGGACUGGGAGGGCGCGCAAUCGCCAGCAGCUCCGCCGUCAACCGGUGCAUAA